AUGUCGCAUCACUUCGCGUCGCCGGGAUCUGUGAACCUGAACGGUUCUGAUGAUCACCACUAUCGCUACACGAUGCCAGCACUCGAAGUGAAGCACGAGGGCAAGACCAAGAUGAAAAAAUCAUUGUUGGUCAACAUUACCCCCAUCAGCGAAGCUGUUGGACGUCCAGUCGAGGCACUUCUACAGUACAUCAGCCAAAGCUCCAAUGCAGCGUGGAACUUGGAUGGCAAGGGCGGCAAGAGCAAGUCCUUAAAGGCUUAUGUCACGGGGCAUCAUGCGCAAGCAGAUCUGCAGGAGCAAAUCCUGGCUUUCAUCCGCAGCUUUGUCCUUUGCGGACAUUGUGGCAACCCAGAGACGAGGCUGGAGGUGGAAGGUGCCAAGAAGCGCAGGACAGCUACGUUGGUUUGCAAGAGUUGCAGCAGGCGCACGACGCUCGACCCAGACGAGAAGUGCGUGAAGCAGAUGAUGCAGCACAUGCACGACGCGCACGAGGGCCCCGUGAAAGGUCAUGCAGCAGAGGACGCCCGCAUGACUGAAUUCGCGGACAUCGCAGUUGGCAGCGCCGCCCAAGAGACCAAGCGAAGCCUGAAGCAGCGCUGUGAGUGUGGACAUGAGACCAGCAAGCCGCAGUGCAAGCGCUGCGGCCGAGUCCUGACGGAGCCUGCAUCUACGCAUGACGCAGUUGAGCCCAAUGCCCAGGCUCAAGACCUCACCGGAGAUGUGCUGAAGUGGAUGCAUGCUCAGUCAGCUCCUGGCAUCACUGCCGAGACCAGCGCCGACUUCAUCACCUUGCUCAGUGCCGGGCAUUCCAUGGCCGCGUUGCUGAAGACGACCGGGAAGGUGGUCGCGCGUGAUGCAAUGUCUUCUUUGGGUCCGGAGUUGGGUCAGUCACUCACCGAGCCUCGUCAGAUUGCUGAAGCAGUGAGCACUACUAUGCAGAAGCAGGUGCCCUUGCUGCAGCUCUUGCUUGGCGACCCGCGUUCUCCUCGGGCAGGCUUGGAUGCGGUCGUCGCCGGUAUCCAUGAAGAGGUUGUGGAGAGCAAUGCACGGAGCCUGGGAGAGGCGGUGCUCUUUGGGUUGCUUCUGGCGCUGCACGAGCAUGCAGACGAGAUUCCUGAUGCUGAGCUGUGCGCUGCGUGUGUGAAGCUCCCAUGUCAAAGUGAGAACAUGAGGAAGUUCAUCAAGUAUUUGAGCGAGUGA